AUGGCCUCCCAGCCUCAGAUAGUGCUCAUCUCAGGCUGUUCAUCCGGGAUUCAGGACCCCAGGCAGCAAUACUCCGUGGUGGCCACCAUGAGGGACCUGGGGAAGAAGGAGCCUUUGGAGGCAGCUGCUGGGGAUGCUCUGGGGAAGACCCUGAUUGUGGCACAGCUAGACGUAUGCAGUGAUGAGUCAGUGGCCCAAUGUCUCAGCCACAUCCAGGGAGGACAAGUGGACGUGCUGGUGAAAAACGCAGGAAUAGGCCUGGUGGGGCCCCUGGAAGGGCUGAGCCUAGCUACCAUGCAGAAUGUGUUUGACACCAACUUUUUCAGGGCCAUCCGUCUGGUCCAAGCUGUGCUUCCAGGCAUGAAGAGGAGGCGACAGGGACACAUUGUGGUGCUCAGCAGUGUUAUGGGACUCCAGGGUGUCAUGUUCAACGACGUCUAUGCAGCCUCCAAGUUUGCCCUGGAAGGAUUCUUUGAGAGUCUCUCCAUCCAACUGCGCCAAUUCAAUAUCUUCAUCUCCCUGGUGGAGCCAGGCCCAGUGGUCACUGACUUCAAGGACAAGCUCCUGGCUCAGGCUGCCUCCUCCGAGUUUCCAGGCACUGACCCUGAUACCCUGGGCUACCUCCAGGACCUGUACCUCCCAGCCUCCAGGGAGCUCUUCCACUCUGUAGUACAGAGCCCCUGGGACGUGGCCCAGGUCAUUGCCAAGGUCAUCAGUUCCAGCAGACCUCCCCUUCGAAAACAGACCAACUCCCGAUACCACCCUCUGGUAGCACUCAAGACCCUGGACCCCUCCGGGAGCCUGUAUAGAACUGCCCACAUGCUCGUCUUCCACUGGCCUCGCCUCCUUGGCCUGGGCCUUCGAUGCCUGGCCUGCAGCUGUCUCCCAAGAUGUGUGUGGCCAAGAUGA